CUGUCCUACGCCAUCGAUAACGUACACUCAACCUUACCUAUUGCACCUUUGCCCUAUCACCCUCAACAAUAAGGUUCAGCCGCAACCCCUUACCAAAACAAUACACAAAGCACCAUCCUAGCAGUUUACGAUUCUGCAAUAUCGCAUCUAAUUAUUCACGAGAAAGAUUAGAGGUAUCUGUCUCAUUUACCCAGCCUUCAUCGCAACUCGACCUUUUGAGACCUCGUCGAAAUCGCCGCUCACAAUGGCUCAAGCCUUCUUAACUACCGUGUUAGUCUCUCUACAUUAUUCCCAAACGCCGUAACCAUGGAGUCCCCGUGUUCGCCGCCGCACACCGCCAGCAUGUUUCGAUACUUGAACCCGAAGUCGCUUUUGACGAUGCAGCAGUUGGAAACGACCAUUAUACCCGUCUCGCUAUCGGGAGAACCUCUGAUGUUUGUGGAUGAGUUGACACUUGCUGACCCGGGAACUUUGGUGAAUAGUAACCAGCGGACGAGAAACCAGUUCCGCCCGCGCGUGGGCAAGGGCGGCUCGGCCAGUUAUCAGUUGCGACAAUAUGCUGAGGUGACGCUCGGCGGUGGCAGCUUGCGCAAGGUUGUCAAGCUUCCAGAAGGCGAGGACGAGAACGAAUGGUUAGCUGUCAACAUGGUGGACUUCUAUAACCAGAUCAACCUUCUCUACGGUGCCAUUACCGAGUUCUGCUCACCACAGUCAUGCCCUGAAAUGAAGGCUACUGAUGAGUUCGAGUAUUUGUGGCAAGACAAUGAGAACUACAAGCGUCCAACCAAGAUGCCUGCGCCAGCAUACAUUGAGCAGCUCAUGUCAUGGGUGCAGGCGAAUAUCGACAACGAACAAGUCUUGCCCAGCAAGAUCGGCGUACCCUUCCCCAAAUCAUUCCCAGCGCUGGUUCGCCAGAUCUUCAAACGCAUGUACCGUGUAUAUGCACACAUCUACUGCCACCACUACCCCGUGAUUCGUGAGCUCGGUCUCGAGCCGCACCUCAACACGAGCUUCAAGCAGUACGUGCUGUUUGUUGAUGAGCACGGCCUGGCGAGUGGUAGAGAUUACUGGGGUCCUCUUGGUGAUCUGGUGGACAGCAUGCUCAAGAGCGACUAGGAGAAGUUUGAGGGUGAAGGAACUGGUACAGGUACUGACACUUAGCAAUUGGGAGUUUUGGGCGUUUGAGGAAAGGUUCUAGAGUGUAAGAAGCUGUUUGGCUGUAUGAUCAUGAUUGAUAGGGAGCAGGCUGUUAGUCGUUCCGCGCCAUUGGGGUUCCGCACUAUAGUAACUUGCUUGUGCAUUAACAAGAAUGAGUCCUGAGGAAUCAACGAGACUAUUAUUUUGGUAUUCCAUGAACCGAUUGACCUUCUCUGAUAGAAACUCAAGAGCCAAGAGAUACAAAUGUCUGAUA